CUUCUUCGCCGGUUGGCCACCGGCGGUGUCGUUUGUCCGUCAGAGUGUGUUGUUUACGUGAUUGCAGAUUUAUAUUUAAUAUAAAAUGCCAGUUCACCCGCGCGAUAGAAAAGAGAAUAACCACGAAGAAAUGGACGUGGAUUAUCCGGAACAAGAGGCCAGCAGCUCCGACGAGGAGGAUUCGGUGAGCUCCACCGCGUCUGAGGAUGGAGACACUUCAGAUAUGGAUGAUGAAGACUGUGAAAGAAGGCGAAUGGAGUGUUUAGACGAGAUGACAAAUCUUGAGAAGCAGUUCACAGACCUGAAGGAUCAUUUGUACAAGGAGAGAGUGACUCAGGUGGAUCUUAAACUGCAAGAAGUGAUGGCAGGCAGUGCUGCAGAAUACCUGGAACCACUGGCUACCCUGCAGGAGAACAUGCAGAUCCGGACCAAAGUCGCAGGUAUUUAUCGUGAGCUCUGCUUGGAAUCUGUCAGAAACAAGUAUGAAUGUGAGAUGCAAGCAGCCAGCCAGCAUUGGGAGAGUGAGAAGCUCCUGCUUUUUGACACGGUUCAGAGUGAGCUGGAAGAGAAGAUCAGGCGGCUGGAGGAGGACAGACACAGUAUAGAUAUCACUUCAGAGCUGUGGAAUGAUGGUCUGCAGUCCAGGAAGAAUAAAAAGAAGGAUCCUCUCAGUCCUGGAAAGAAGAAGAAACCCGUGGUCGUGUCAGGACCAUACAUUGUUUACAUGUUGCAAGACCUGGAUAUACUUGAAGACUGGACUGCCAUAAGAAAGGCUAUGGCUUCAAUGGGUCCCCAUAGAGUAAAAGCAGAUGCUUCUCUGAAAGCAGAAAAACACCAUCAUGUUGCUCGAUCAGAAGAAGGACGUCUGUUCUAUGAUGAUAAAUGGUUCAGCCGUGGUCAGGCCAUAUGCAUCAACAGAAAGGACGAAUUUCCCACCAGUGCCACAAUAACCACCAUAAACCAUGAUGAGGUUUGGUACAAACGUCUGGAUGGCAGCAAAUCAAAGCUUUACAUCUCGCAGCUCCAGAAAGGCAAAUACAGCAUAAACCACUCCUAAAGCUUCAUCUCCAGUGCUGAAUGCAGACCUUCAGGAGUCUGUCUUCAACACUGAGCACUGGUGCGGGAGGGAGGCUCCUUUUUCAUGCACAUCACACACGUUUGCACGUCUUAAGUUAGAGCUGCUAAACAAACACAUGAUUGCCAAGGACACAGGGAAAGUGUGCGUGUAUGUGUGUGUGUGUGUGUUUGUCUUGAUGACAAGGAAGAGCCAGUAAAGCCUUGUUGUAAGUAGAAGACGUUUUGCACGUCUUAAGUUAGAGCUGCUAAACAAACACAUGAUUGCCAAGGGAACAGAGAAAGUGUGUGCGUGUUUGCGUGUGCUUGCUUGUGUGUAUUUUCAUGUGUUUGCGUGUGUGCGUCAGACUGGAUGUAUGUGCUUGCGUGUGUGCGCAUGUUUGUGUGUUUAUAUUUGCAUGUGUGCGCGUGUGUGUAUAUGUGCUUCACAGUGGAUGUGUGUACAUGUGUGCGUGUAUGAGUGUGCAUGCGCCAUUUGUGUGUCUGCGUGUUUGUGUGCACAUUUGUAUGUGUGUGUGUGCAUGGGCACAGGUGGGUCCAUUUGUGUACAUGUGUGUAGAUGUUUGCGUGUCUGCGUUUGCGUGUGUGUAUGUUUGCGUGUGUGCUUGUUUGUGUGUGUGCGUCACAGCGGAUUUAUGUGUAUGUAUGAGUGUGCGUGUAUGUGUUUGCAUGCGCGCGUUUGUGUGUGCAUUUGUUUGCGUGUGCAUGGGCAUGAGUAAGUGCAUUUGUGUACAUGCGUGCGUGUAUGCGUUUGUGUGUCCGCGUGUGCACAUUUGUGUGUGUGUUUGUGCGCAUGUUUGUGUGUGCAUGUGUAUGUGGGUGCAUGUGUGUGCAAGGGCACGAGUGGGUGCAUUUGAAUACAUGCGUGUGUGCUUGUUUGUGUGUUUGUGUGCGGGUUUGUGUGUAUGCGUCACAGUGGACGUAUGUGCUUGCAUGUGUAUGUAUGAGUGUGCGUGUAUGUGUUUGCAUGCGCGCAUGUGUGUUUGCGUUUGUAUUUGAGUGUGCACAUUUGUGUGUGUGUGAGUGUGGAUGUGCUUGCGUGUGUGCGCAUGUUUGUUUGUGUGUGUGUGUGUAUGUGUUUGCAUGUGUGCAUGUUUGAAUGUGUAUGUAUGAGUGUGCAUGUGUAUUUGCAUGCGCACAUUAGUGUGUGCGUGUGCGUUUGUGUACAUGCGUGCAUGUAUGUGUGUUCGCGUGUGCACAUUUGUGUGUUUGCGUAUGUGUGCACCUGUGUGUGUCUCUGCGUGUUUGUGUGUGCAUUUGCUUCCGUGUGUGUGCAUGCUUAUGUGUGUGUGCGUGCACGUGUAUGUGGGUGCGUGUGUGUGCAUGGGCACGAGUGGGUGCGUCAGUGUACAUGCGUGUGUGUGUAUGCAUGUGCUUGUUCGCGUGUGCACAUUUAUGUGUAUUUGUGCUUGUGGGUGUUUGUGUGUGUGUAUGUGUUUGCAUACGCGUUUAUGUGUCCACGUGUUUGUGUGCGCGCAUUUGUGCGUGCAUGUGCUUGUGAGCGUAUGUGUGCACAGGUGGUUUGUAUGUGUGUGCAUGCAGAUUUGUGUGUGUGUGUUUGCGUGCACAUUUGUGUGUGUGCGUGUUUGUGUUUGCGUGUGUUCGCGUGCGCAUGUUUGUGUGUGCAUGUAUUUGCGUGUGUGUGUUCGCACACGUGCCUUGAUGACAAGGAAGAGUCAGUAAAGCCUUGUUCUCAGCAGAAGAGCAGCGAACACAUGAGUGUUUCCAUGCCUUUGAUGAACUCAAGAGUCGUUAUUGGUGAAGUGCCACGUCCUGUGACAUGCAUAAUGCUUUAAACAACGCAGAAACGCAAAGCUCUGUCUGGCUGGUGUUAUUUUUCAACCCGACCUAAAAAAUAACUUGUGAAACAGACGGAAAGACUAUAAAAUAUGUAUAACGCUAUUUCAGAGAAUGGUUUUGGUUCAUUUUAAUGUAACGGGGGCUUGUGCAAGUCGUCAGAUGUUGUGGUUAUUUACAGUUAAAUGGAUAGUUCACCCAAAAAUAUAUAAAUUUACUCACUCUCAGGUGGUUACAAGCAGUUUCUUUCUUGUGUUGAAAACUGAAGAUUAUAUUUUAAAGGAAGCCUGUAACUAUUGACUUCUAUUAUAGGAAAAACAGACACUAUACAAGUCAAUAGGUACAGAUUUCCAACAUUUUUCAAAAUAUCUUUAGAAGAAAUAAAGUCAAACAGGUUUGGAACAAGUGAAGGGUGAGUAAAUGAUGACAGAAUUUUCAUUUUUGGGUGAACUAUCCCUUUAAGCCAACCAAAUGUACCACAUUCGGAACCUUUUAUCAUACUUGCGUGUGAUGUCUUGAUAUGAAAACCACUGCAUUAUGUAAAACGUGAGCUGGAGAUUAAUGAAUGUGGCAGUUGGUUAAAUUUUCAGUAUUUGUCAUGUAUUGCAGUUUUAGCACUGCAGUAAAUUGUAUUUGUGCACCAAGUGGCAUGAUUUGGAAUUGCACAAAUGAUUGUUGGUUUUAUUAUUUUACUGCUUAAUAAUAAAAAAAACGUACUGCAAUACCAAAACACUACACAGAAAUAUGUCUUCCAGAAGCCCCAAAGGUCAAACACAUGAGGUAUGAAAUCCACAGCUUUAAUGUAAAUCUCAUUUUAGCAAAGACAGUUAUAGCCUAUCAGAGGAUUAUUCGAUGCAUUGAACGUCAUUUUAGUAGCAGAUAAAGAAUCUUCUGUGAGUUUCAGGAGUAAGACUUUAACUUAAUGGAAAUUAAUCAUAUGACAGUAUUCGACGCUGAAGGUUUUGUUCAGAAGUUCAUGUCAUGUUAACUCAUAUAAAGCUGUUUUGCAUGGUC